AUGGAUGAUCAAAUUAGAAGUAAUACGGGAUGUGAUUAUCAUCAUAAUAAUAGAUUUGAACAAGAUACCCAUAAUUUAGAAGAAUUUAAUGAAUUUGAUACUUCAAAAAAUAAGAACGUUAUAGAUAGUCAUGAAGAAAGUGCGAAUAUUGAUCAUGAUGAUAUAAAUGAUAAUACAGAAGAUGAGUUAGAUGUGUUAAAAUUAUUUAAGGAUAAGCUAUUUGAUACGUGGGAAAUUGCAGAAUCUUACCUUGAUCAGUAUGGAAAACAAGAAGGAUUUCCUUACACAAAUGCCAUCGUGUUGCUGAUCCUAAAGAUAAUAGCAUAA